AUGUACCCAAAAUUCGAUUCGUGGCCUGUUGUAAUUAUGUAUUGUAUAAAAGUAUCUUUCUUUAUGGGAUUUUUCUUUGGCGGUAUAGUGCUAGCUGAACUGGUCAAUUUAUACUACAGCUUAAACAACUUAAACGAGCUGAUGAACGCUUUAUUUUUAACCUUAACCAAUCUGGUAUCGAUUUACAAAUAUUACGUCAUCUGCAAAAAUCAAAAGAAACUUUUAAUUCUAACAGAAAAAAUCAACAGGAAGGAAUUCCAACCGCAAUCAUUGGCCCAAUUUGAAUCAUUAAAAAAAUACGUGAAAUUGUCGAAAAUGAUUUCUUUCUUAUUGUAUGCUGGAUGUACCGCAACGUGCAGUUUUUGGGCUGUAUAUCCGUAUACAGACGAGAAUGGACCUUUUCUGCCCAUAGCUGCUUAUAUUCCAUUUGAAACUAAAAACUCGACGUUAUUUGGUUAUGUAUACGCUUAUGAAAUCGUGGCUACUGCGAUCGGAGGAUAUACUGAUCUAAGCGCUGACUGCUUGAUGGCUAGUUUUUUAAUGGUGGUUUGCGGUCAAUUGAAUAUUUUAAACGACACUUUGGCACAUAUUAGGGACAUAGCGGAAUUUGAAAUGGAACAAAACAACUGCGUGACCAAAUGUUAUGAAAAAAAUCGAAAAACGGAUAUUUUACAAAAAAUCAUGAACCGCAAGUUGAUCGAGUGUAUUAUGCAUCAUAGAUAUAUAAUUGAGUUUGCUGAAGACUGGACACAUAUCUUUACCAUAAGUCUUUUUGGUCAAUUUAUAGUAAGCGUUUUUGUUUUCUGUGCCACCUUCUUCGAAAUGACACAAGUAUCAUUUGCAAGCGUACGAUUUUUUUCUAUGGCUUUAUACCAAUACUGUAUGCUUCUGGAAAUUUUCCCCGUGUGCUAUUUCGGAAACGAAGUUAUUGUAGAGAGCAACAAACUUACUAACUCGGCAUACCACAGCAACUGGAUGGACUGUUCUUUAGAAUUUCAAAAGAACUUGUUGUUUUUCAUGACAAGAUCACAAAGAGUUAUAAAAUUGUUUGCGGGGAAUUUUUUUACUCUCUCUUUGGAUACGUUUAUAAAGCUUUUAAAAAUUAGCUCUGCUCUACCUGAAUAUAGUCACAGUUUUAGAAGACAAGUCUACAUGAGUCCACAUAAUUUUUCUCUACCUGAUUCAUUUACACUGGACUUUGAUGACACCACAUAUCGAAUAUAUCUGUCUCAAGAUGGUAUGGUUUGCUAUAAUUGUAAAAAACCUGGACAUAUCGUAUCCCAGUGUCCCAAAAACACAAAUGCAUCGCCAUCCACUCAAACAAACACAAUACCACAAACUACUACUCCAACUGUACCGUCUGUAUCCAGUAUGCCGAUUGUCUCAGCUAAUAUAAAGAUACCUUCUCACACUAUAACACCGCAAACCAAUAUCCUACCCUUAUCUAUUCAAUCAACGACCGUUUUAGCGAAUAUACAGCAAUCAGCAACCGCAGAAAACUCAACACAAGAAGCCAUCAUUCAACCCUUACCUAUGGAGCAAAAUCCACUAUUAAAAGACUCAGGUCAUAAACGAAAUUCGUUCACCAGACACGGAUGUAAUUGA